CAUAACUUACUACUACUACUGCUAACACUACUAAUAAAACUGCAUAUUGAAAAACGGAAAUCCCAACGUCACUCACACUUGCUUCCUUCCCUUCCACGGGUAUGUUUUGCUUUUAUUAUUUCAGAGGACACAACCUCUGCGACACAUUCCACCACAUACGACACCAGCGCACUACUCAACACCACUGAAGGUUUGGAAAUUCACGUGGAGAUACCUUCCAAGCAACGUCGCAACAAAGAAAAAAAACAACAGGAUCUAGAAUUAGCAUUAAAACGCAAAUUAAAUCGAGAUUUGAAGGAACGUUAUUUUCAUUUGCACAAGACCAGUUUGCUAUGCUGUUUUGCACGCAGUUACCGUUACAAUCGCAUGCUCAACGAUACACCGCUGAUGCAGGCUGCGCUGAAAUUGCUGCCUAGCAGCAACGCCUAUCCGCCGGAGCGUGGCACCGAAAUCAAAUAUUUUCAAUCAAUGGUCACCUGGUAUAAGACAGCGGUAAAGCUAGCUUCGCCGAAUUUGUAUGGCGAAAAAGUUCGCAAGAGUAGGAGGCGUGUGAAGCGGGAGCUUUUGGCGCAAAUUAAGCGGAAGGAGGCAAGCUGCAAGCAGGAUUUUGUAUUCAUAUUUGUAGUAUUAUUGCGGGCAAUGGGACUACAGUGUCGGCUGAUCGUAAAUAUGCAGCCAUUGCCCCUGCGACCGGCGCAAUCGGACUUGCUCACGAUAAAAAUGAAACGAGAUGGGGAUAAGAAGGAAGACGAGGCAGUGGAUGCGAAGAAAGCGAGGGUGGAAAGCGGUGUCAAAGCAGCUAGUGAGAAGAUAGAAAAGCUGCAUGUUAGAAGUGCUGACAAAGCGGUUAGGGAAAGGGGGUUGAAGGGUGGGGAAAAAAAUGUGAAUGAGGAGAAGCAAAAUGGGAAAGGGAAAGGGGAUAAAAUCAGUGGUAAAGAAGGAGAAAAAAUUCAAGGAAGGGGCGCUAAAGAAAAAGAGCGAGAGGAGAUGGAUGCUUCAAAGGACAACACCUCCGAUAAAAAGCGCGCUGUACGAAAUAAGGGCACUGAAAAAGAAAAAGAGCAGCCACCGAAGAAGUCUCACAGAGAACACAAAAAGGCGCCCAGCGCCAAGUUAGCUGAAUUGAAACAAGUCGAAAAGUUAGCUGACAGCGAAAAUUUUAGGAGCGAACUUAAGUCCGGCUCGCCUGAAGUUCAACAGACUAAAGAUACAAAUAAAAAAGCCGUUUUAUAUGAGAAGGAACCUCAAAAAGAAGAAGAUAAGAUAAAAAUUUACAACUCCAACCGUGAAGACACUGUAAAACACGCAGAGCUCACUCAAAGGAAGCCACAACUGUCUCGACUGAACAGGGACAAAAAAGCCGCUGCCAAACCGGAUGCUGGUGAUUUGUCCGCUGAUAAACCUGGUCUCAUCGUGGAAGCCACACCCAUCGCGCGACGUACGCGCAAAGCCUCAACCGAAAAAGCAUUAGCAGCAACAACAAAAAGCGCGAAACCAGUAAUACAAAUUGGUUCGCCUAAAAUACCUAAAAUCAUCAUUCAAUCUGGAAAGACAAUAGUGAAUAAUGCCGUACUUAGUGAGCGUGAAAAUCAGCCGCGUGCCAGCGGCAGCACAACAGCACCGCCACGUGCACGCUCGCGCAGCAAAUCUCCAAAGUUACAUAUCUCUCCUACUUUUCUGCAGAGCACUAACUAUAGAAAUAAGUUUCCAGUGUCGACAGUAGGCGAAAAAAAACUGCAAAAACGCGCAAAUUCAACUCGCCCUAACUCAAAGAGCCCCGUACAGAAAGUGCAAAUUUCCACUGAUUUUUUGCUAAACCAACACACCAAGGCAACUGAGCCGGCCGCAACGCGUAUUUUACGCUCGCGUCAGAAACCCAAUGAGGUGGUGGGAGGUGGGCAAGAAAAACUGCCAACGGUACCACAGUUGGACGGCGCUGAUGAUUGCUUAGAGAAGGUGAGUAAAAAGAAGCGACCAAAAUUGGAAAAAUUAAAGCAGAAAUCGCAUUCGCGAGACCAAUCCGAUGAAGAUUUUGAGCCAUCACCGCCGAAGCAGCCAAAGAAGGCACCAAAAAUAUCGGUGAAGAAGGCGGCCAUAGACAGACGUGUUUUGUCGUCCGAUGAAGAAGAAAGCAAGGGUGGCGCGGUGAAGCGUAAUCCGACAGCAGCAGACAUCUGGGUGGAAGUGUGGUCCGAUGCGGAAGAGCAGUGGGUUUGCAUAGAGUUGUUCAAAGGCAAAUUGCAUUCCGUGGAGGCGAUAAGGAAAGCCGCCUCCUCCAGUUUCGCCUAUGUGUUCGCAUUCCAGAAUGAUUUGAGUAUCAAGGACGUGACUGCUCGUUAUUGUCCCAAUUGGGCAACAACUGUACGCAAGUCGCGAGUCGAACGCGCAUGGCUGGAGGCAGCCUUUGGACCGUACUAUGGUCAGCGCACACAGCGCGACAUUCGCGAGGAUCAAGAGAUGCGUCGCAUACACGAGGAGAAGCCAAUGCCCACGGCGAUUGCCGACUUUAAAGAUCACCCGCUAUAUGCACUCGAGCGUCAUUUGCUCAAAUUCCAAGCGAUUUAUCCACCGGAUCCACCAACAUUGGGCUUCAUACGCGGCGAAGCGGUCUAUGCGCGAGAGUGUGUACACACUCUGCACUCACGUGAGAUUUGGCUGAAGCAGGCGCGCACUGUUAAGCUGGGCGAGCAGCCGUAUAAAAUUGUAAAGGCGCGACCUAAGUGGGAUCGGUUGACGCAAACAGUUAUAAAAGAUCAACCGCUUGAGAUUUUCGGAUACUGGCAAACGGAGGAUUACGAGCCGCCAACAGCCGAAAAUGGUUUAGUGCCGCGUAACGCCUACGGUAAUGUGGAGUUAUUCAAGGAGUGCAUGUUACCCAAGAAGACGGUGCAUUUACGCUUACCUGGCUUGAAUCGUAUUUGCAAGAAGUUAGGCAUCGAUUGCGCGCAAGCCGUGACUGGUUUUGAUUUCCAUCAAGGCGCCUGCCAUCCACUGUUCGAUGGUUUUGUUGUAUGCGAGGAGUUCGGCGAUCAAGUGACCGCUGCAUGGUAUCAAGAUCAGGAAGAGCAGGAGAAGAAAGAGCAUGAAAAAUAUGAAGCACGUGUCUACGGUAAUUGGAAGAAGCUCAUCAAAGGUCUGCUCAUACGGGAACGGCUAAAGAAGAAAUAUAAUUUUUAAUUGUACGCAUGGAAUAUAUACAUUUGUUCUUUAAGUUAUGUACAAGUGUUUUUGUUUAUAUCCACAGAUUUUUGUAACUUUUUGUUUUCCGCUUGACGAUUAACCAUAUUUGUAUUUUAAGUUUGAGUGUUAGUUAAUAGUUUUCUAAGCGCUUUUAAUGCGUUGUUUCGACGGUAAUUUUUUUUUCAUACAUUAUAUACACCGAUCAUAUCUACUUUUUGAAACAGUUUUCAGCAUCAAUUUGACUGUGGUAAAUUUUAUACUAUUUUUAGUUCCAUACGCUGCAAAAGUGGCCGCUCGUGUUUAUACAUUUUCAAAAAUCAUCCAAAGGAAAAUUUUCGACCCUUACAUUUUUCGAAGCAACGCUUUAAAAUAAUAAAUAAUCAUUCACAUACUUACCUUUCGAUAGUUAGAAAAUAUUUUUUUUAUUAAAUUUCCUCAAGUGAGAUGAAUAUUUAAUGAAACAUUCAGGUGGUUGAGAUCAGUCUAUGAUUAUAUUCCGUACAAGCAAUUUUUUUUGUGUGUUAAUUUUCUUAUAACUUUUUUGCCUCAAUUCAGUAUAUGCCCUAGUAAUUUUACCAAGCUGUAAUAGCACAAAUUUUUUGUUAACCUUGAUUUGUGAUUUAAUAAAGAAAAAAAACUUACAAAAGAGAAGUAUUUUCUCUAUACAAAAGGUCGUUUUAUUUGCGUGAGAUAAUUACUCAAGUGGGAGAAUAAUACGAACACAAAAUGGAACGUUAUUUUUUCGAUAUUCCUUAAUUCAAAUUAUCUUUUUGAUUUGAGUGUAACCUCAAAGAUGUGUGUUUCGUAAUUAUUUUGAAUACCGUAAUAACACAAAUCUUCAUCGAUUGUCAUAAAAUGUUUCAUGGGUACUUUACAAUAUAUUUAACAAAGUUCUGAUCCUAUUAUGUUGUCCCCGGUGCAAUUUUUUUUUUCGAGGCAGCUUAGUGAGCAACGAGACACUUACAUACGUGCGAGAUGCGCAACCAACGCAAGUUAAGAGGAAGGUUAGACUACACACACGACGACGGCGAACCAAUUCCGACGGUGAAUAACCCGAUAAUACACGGAGUAGUAUUGGAAGGAUGCAAUCGGAAAAUAUAUGAUUAGCUUAUUGACUUCCCGAAACACAAACUAAUAAUUCGAAUAGAUAUCUUAACAGGUCAUUGCAGACAAAGAAGUCACCUACAUAAACUCGUUUCCGUAGCAGGACAGCUGAAACUUCUGAGCCAUGCCAUUCGAAUGUUAUGCAGUGUCGAGGAGAGGAGGGAAGCCAUGCAUUCGCAUGCACUCGAUGACACCAAACAACCUACUGCAUUUCCUAAGGGAGCUAGGGUUGAGCAAGGUGCAGUAAGGAGCAAGAGGGAAAAAUAGAUCUCCUGAUCGAAGUGCGUUCCUUAAAGGAAUACCUUUUUAUAAAGGGAACUGAGAAGCCAAUUUCACACGAUUUACAGAUCUUAUAUUGUGCCCGUUCUUUUAUACGACGCAGACACUUUGACGAAUUAGAACAAAGAUAUGGAAGAGGGAUAUCGAACAGGAUAGAUUGCCCUGCUUUCUACAUACGCCAGCGGAACGGCCCAGAUUUAUAUCUGGGCCAAGGAUUGUCACUCCAGCAUCAUUCCCCAAAAAAAAGUUGUAUACUGUUACAAUACGAGCUUUCUAAUGAACUUGGUUUAAUUAAACCCAAAAAAUAUGUAUGUACCUAUGCAUGGAAGGUUCUUGGGUAAAGAGAUCCUUUGACUUGGCAUCCAUAAAGGGCUGGGAUUAUUCGCAUAUCCCUUCGGAUAUUUGUGCAUCCGUGUAAGAUUGGGAUAUUUUGUUAAUAUCCGUUCUCUUUUCUUAUCCGGGAAUACCCCUUUUUAUGAGAUAUUCGAGUAUCCGCAUAUACAAAAAUUUGAGUAGACUCCCAGUCCUAAAUGUAGUUUCUGAUGUUAUGCACAGGUACUAGCAUGCGGCUGAAAAGAAAAAUAAUAUACACGUCUGUUUCAUUGUGGAAAGAACUCGCGCUAUCGGUCUAAAGUAAAAUUUUAUGCAGCCAGGGAGUGAGGGUUUACAGUAAUCAGCAUAUGCCAAAUCGUUCAUGCAGCUUGGAAAUAAAGCAAACAUUUCAAUAAAUCUCACAUGUAAACUAUAGACUAAUUCAAUAAGACCGCAGAUGUUCACGAUAGGGCCGUUGUCGGCAUAAAUAUCGGAAAAGUACGGUGCGACGAAUCCACCAGCCUAAAAACCAAAUCAAAUGGGUGCAGUUUUUCUUGUUAACGAAUCCGUUUAGGUAAAAACGUGCAUCAUUGUCCAGGACGAUUUUUUUUAAUCGCCAUCAACGUUUGGAUUACGCGUUUUACGUGUACAGCUCUUUGAAUAACUUUGCCGCCAAAGCCUGUAGUAUUAAUUGUCUGAAAAAAAUAUAAAAAAAAGCAUUAACAUAUCACACAUAAUUGCUGCCAAAGAUUAGCACCACCACAUUCGAUUUGUUUAAUUUUAUGUUAAAUUAAAUAUUUAUUAGUUGCUUAUUAUUUACCAUACAGAAUAUAUGUGAUAAAGUUAACCAAUAGACUAAAGUCUUAUUCAAUACUUUUAUUAUUUAUCAAUUGAAAUUUCUAUUUCCUAGUCAAUUUAUCCAAUUUAAGCGAAUUUAAAUAAUUUAUAUCGAAAUUUGUUCUUUUGUUUUUAUGUUAUUACGGGUUUUUAAUGGACACAUCAAAAAUAUUGAAUUUUAAUUUGCGAAAAAUCUUACUUUACACUAAAUAUGUAAUGCACAUUUUUCCGUUUUUUCUGUUCUAUUUUUAAUUAUUUAUAUUAGGCGGUUGUAAAGUAGAAGCGUUGUAUAUUUAUGCGAAUUCUUGCAAAUGGAAUGCGACGUACUGGGGCAUAAAUCCAUAGCAGUGCUAUAACUCUGCUUAUUAAGUACAAUGCGGAGAAUGUAAUCUCUAAAAACGCACGGAGAAAAUUGUUGCGCAGGCAGAUAGAGAAGGUAAUGCAAAAAACGCAGUCAGAAAUAAGUGAACUAAAAUCCAUAUUCAAGCAAAAGCGAGAAUAAUUCAGAAUAUGUAGUUUUGAAAGAGGCAGCAAUAACUCGCUUUAAAGGUAUUGUUUAUGCCUCAACAUUUGUAGUUUCCCUUACUUUCUCUUGCCAGUUGCAACAUUUAAACCUCGAAAGUCUUUUCUUCCUCUAAAACUAAUUUAGAUAAACAACUAAAAAAAAA